CUUGCCGCCGGAGCCGCCGCCGCUUUCGUGCGCCUUGCCAGGGAAGGGGGCCCGCCCGCUGCGCAAGGUAAAGCAUGGCUGCGAAGGUGGCUCUAACCAAGAGAGCUGAUCCAACUGAGUUGAAAACAAUAUUUUUGAAGUAUGCAAGUGUUGAAAAAAAUGGCGAAUUUUACAUGUCUCCCAAUGACUUUGUUACACGGUUCCUGAAGAUAAUAGGAGAUGGGGUGCCCAAUCCCAACACAGUCCAGCUGCUUGGAGGAGUGGUGGAUCAGACUAAAGAUGGGUUGAUAUCAUUUCAAGAAUUUGUAGCAUUUGAAUCUGUCCUCUGUGCUCCAGAUGCAUUGUUCAUGGUGGCAUUUCAGCUUUUUGACAAAACUGGCAAAGGAGAAGUUACUUUUGAGGAUGUUAAGCAAGUCUUUGGCCAGACCACAAUUCACCAGCAUAUUCCCUUUAACUGGAACUCAGAGUUUCUGCAGCUGCAUUUUGGAAAAGAUCGGAAAAGGCACCUAACAUAUGCAGAGUUCACCCAGUUCCUACUGGAAAUUCAAUUGGAACAUGCGAAACAAGCAUUUGUACAGCGAGAUAAUGCCCAAGCUGGAAGAGUCACUGCUAUUGACUUUAGAGACAUUAUGGUCACAAUCCGGCCUCACAUGUUGACACCUUUUGUUGAGGAAUGUCUAGUAGCUGCUGCUGGAGGUACCACGUCACAUCAAGUCAGCUUUUCCUAUUUUAAUGGAUUUAAUACUCUACUUAAUAACAUGGAACUCAUUAGAAAAAUCUAUAGUACUUUGGCCGGACAUAGAAAAGAUGUGGAAGUGACUAAAGAGGAGUUUGUUCUGGCAGCUCAGAAAUUUGGCCAGGUUACACCCAUGGAAGUUGACAUCUUGUUCCAGUUAGCAGAUUUAUAUGAGCCACGGGGGCGCAUGACGAUGGCUGACAUUGAAAGAAUUGCUCCUUUGGAAGAGGGCACGUUGCCCUACAACCUGGCUGAGGCUCAAAGACAGCAAGCUCCGGGUGAUGUGUCUCGUCCUGUUCUCAUCCAGAUAGCAGAAUCUGCAUACAGGUUUGCUCUUGGUUCAGUUGCUGGAGCUGUUGGAGCCACUGCAGUGUAUCCAAUCGAUCUUGUCAAAACCCGGAUGCAGAAUCAACGGUCCUCUGGGUCAUUUGUUGGGGAGCUGAUGUACAAGAACAGCUUUGAUUGCUUUAAGAAAGUCCUACGCUAUGAAGGAUUCUUUGGCCUCUAUCGAGGUCUUUUGCCACAAUUAUUAGGAGUAGCCCCAGAAAAAGCCAUAAAACUUACUGUAAACGAUUUUGUGAGAGACAAAUUUAUGAUGAAAGAUGGUUCUGUUCCGUUCUCAGCAGAAAUUCUUGCCGGCGGCUGUGCUGGAGGAUCUCAAGUGAUUUUCACAAAUCCACUAGAAAUUGUCAAGAUUCGCUUGCAAGUGGCUGGGGAGAUCACAACUGGCCCACGCGUUAGUGCCCUUACCGUAUUGCGGGAUCUGGGAUUUUUUGGGCUCUACAAGGGAGCCAAGGCCUGUUUCCUUCGUGACAUCCCCUUCUCUGCCAUUUACUUUCCCUGCUACGCUCACAUGAAAUCUGCUUUUGCGGGUGAAGACGGGCAGAUAGGCCCUGGAUCUUUGCUUCUAGCUGGAGCAAUAGCUGGAAUGCCUGCAGCUUCUUUAGUGACCCCUGCAGAUGUGAUCAAGACGAGAUUACAGGUGGCAGCCCGGGCAGGACAAACCACCUAUACUGGCGUCAUUGACUGUUUUGGGAAGAUCCUACGAGAAGAAGGCCCGAGGGCUUUUUGGAAAGGAGCUACAGCUCGUGUAUUUCGCUCCUCUCCUCAGUUUGGAGUAACUUUGGUAACUUAUGAGCUAUUGCAGAGAUGGUUUUACAUCGAUUUUGGAGGAGUAAAACCAGCAGGAUCCGAACCAGUUCUGAAAUCACGGAUCACCUUACCCGCACCAAACCCUGACCACGUUGGGGGUUACAAACUGGCUGUUGCCACAUUUGCAGGGAUCGAAAAUAAAUUUGGACUUUACUUACCUCGGUUUAGGUCCUCGGCACCUACCUCACAGGCAGCAUCUGUUUGAUCCUAAAGUUACAACAUGCUUUUACUGACUAUUGGGGAAAGAGCCACUUAUCUGAUCAGUCUUAACGUUUCAUUCCUUUGGGGUGUGAUCCUAUGCAUGUUUAGACAGAAAGAAGUCCUACAACUCCCAGCAUGUCCCAGCCAGAAUGGGAGUUGUAAGACUUCUUUUCUGUCUAAACAUACAUAAGACUGCGCCCUUAGCUUUUCUGCCUCAACCAAGCAUUAUCUAAUCUGUGACUUUUUCUCUUCCCUUUCUCCCCCGUUUUCGGUGUAAAUCAUUGUUCUUUGCGCUUCCUAUAUCGGAUCACUGUGAAAUUCUUGCUUUAAAUAGUCUUAUUAUUUGGGUCCAUGAAUGUAUUUUUUUUCCUACUUGCACAUACCUGAGAUUGUGAAUGUACUUGUGCUGGUUUGGGAAAGGCAUUCAUACAUAAUUACUUUUCUUCUUCUUCGGGAAUCCAGUGGUAGCCAAACUGGCAAAGCUAUUGAAAUAUGACCAUCUUGCAUUCAGCUGACGGCUGCAUCAGAUCAUGGUGCUCAAUGCAGAAAGAUUUAGUGACCAUCUGUGUGAGAAUUGCUUACACAUUCAGUCUGUGUCUGUACAGUAGGACUCAAAAGAUAUCAAUGUGAGCAGUACCUGAUUCUGCCUAGUGUGACUACAUUUUACAUAUGUACACGCACAAGUUGCAUUCCUGGAUUGUAUUAUGAGGCUUUUAUGGGGAACAUGUUUUGGUAACUUAAACCAGAUCGACAAAUGUUUAGCAAUUAUAUUCUGUUCCUGGUAUCAGAAUGCUAGAGGGGUGGGGAGAGAAAUGUAAUUUUCCAUAGCCUGUGCACUUUAUGGAAGAACGUCUGAGUAUCUAUUAUCCACAAUGAAAUUUAAAUUCCAGGGGCAUGAGCCAUCGAAAGACAUAGCUGUACGUUCUUCGUCCUUGCUUUUUCUUGGAGCUGCUGCGCAUCCCCCAUUGACACAAAUGGAGGCUGCACCAAAAGAGUUCCAAAUCUGGCCCUGCUGAUAUUUGGGUUCUGGUUUUGUGUUAUGCACUUAGAGUAACUGCUGCUUGUUUAAAUAAAUGCAAUAGAAAAAUCCAUGCACUGUACCUGCCUUAACUGCCAGCUUGUAAUUGGAAAAUAUUUGUGUGAAAAUUCUUAUUAACUUUGUUGAAUUAAAAAGGAGAUUUUUUUAACGUAACCAAAGUAAUUUUUUGGGGCCUAU